GAAGUCCUAAGUUCCCAUACUACUUCAGGGAAUACCAACAUACACAUGAAACUACUUUUCUCUGAGAUAAACUUAUCUCAGACAGAAUGGUUGACCAGCUCCAAGGAACAUGGAAGUCUGUUUCUUGUGAAAAUUUCGAAGAAUAUUUGAAGGAGCUGGGUAUAGGAAGAGCCAGCAGGAAACUGGGCUGUUUGGCAAAACCCACUGUGACCAUCAGUACAGGUGGAGAUGUCAUCACAAUAAAAACCAAAAGCAUCUUUAAAAAUAAUGAGAUCUCCUUUAAGCUGGGAGAAGAGUUUGAGGAAGUCACACCAAGUGGCCACAAAACAAAGAGUAAAGUAACCUUAGAUAAGGAGUCCCUGAUUCAAGUUCAGAACUGGGAUGGCAAAGAAACCACCAUAACGAGAAAGCUGGUGGAUGGGAAAAUGGUGGUGGAAAGCGCUGUGAACAGUGUUAUCUGUACACGAACAUACGAGAAAGUAUCAUCAAAUUCAGUCUCAAACUCUUAAGGCUUUCUCAAGCUGUCCUCCAAACUACUGAGGUUGUUUAAAUAAAACUCCAAAGUAAAAUAUUAAAA